AUGGCCCCCAUGGGUAUUCGCCUCUCGCCGCUCGGCAUGGCCGUGUUCUGCCUGCUGGGGCUGGGCGUCCUCUACCACCUCUACUCCGGCUUCCUGGCCGGCCGCUUCGCCUUCUUCAUGCUGAGCGAGCCGGCGGCCGGCGGGCCCGAGACGCCGCACGGCUCUGCGCCGGUAGGCACCGUGGACCUGCGGGAGCUGCUGGCCGUGUCCGUGCUGGCCGCCGUCAGGGGCGGCGAGGAGGUGAAGCGGGUCCGCGAGGGGAACGUCCUCAACGCCAAGGCGAAGGGCAAGACGCGGGAGGGGGCCGAGGAGCAGCUGACCGCGGGCGACCUCCUCUCCAACCGCAGGAUGUUCUACCUGCUGAAGGCCGCCUUCCCCGCCGUGCAGAUAAAUUCUGAGGAGCGUGUUGAUACAGCUGAUCAGGAGUCAGUCUCCUGGGAUCACAUUAUUCCUGAAGACAUAAAGCAAAAAAUACAGCCUAAAGAGGUUCCAGCAGAAAGUGUCACUGUCUGGAUCGAUCCUUUAGAUGCUACACAAGAAUAUACAGAGGAUCUUCGACAGUAUGUCACCACUAUGGUUUGUGUGGCUGUAAAUGGUAAACCAGUCAUAGGUGUGAUACACAAGCCCUUCUCAUCAUACACAGCUUGGGCAAUGGUGGAUGGUGGGUCAAAUGUAAAAGCUCGUUCCUCCUACAAUGAGAAGACCCCAAGAAUUAUUGUGUCCCGUUCCCAUGCAGGAAAAGUUGAGCAGGUUGCACGGCAGACAUUUGGAAAUAAAACGGUGAUAAUUCCCGCUGGUGGAGCAGGCUAUAAAGUGCUGGCCCUCCUUGAUGUGCCUGAAAAGAAUCAAGAAGAAGCUGACGUGUAUAUCCAUGUCACCUACAUUAAGAAGUGGGACAUAUGUGCUGGAAAUGCAGUGUUGAGAGCAUUGGGUGGCCAUAUGACUACCCUGACUGGUGAAGAAAUUAGUUACACUGGGUCAGAUGGCAAUGAAGGAGGACUUAUAGCCAGUAUCAACAUGAACCAUAAAGCACUAAUAGAAAAACUCCCAGAUCUGGAAAAAACGUCACACAAAUAA